AUGUGUUUUAGAGGUGUAAAAUCACCUGAAAAUGAGGGAGUUGAUUCAGUUAAAAGCACUCAGUCGAAUAAACUUUCACCGUCUAAAAUCGAAAGAGAAAAGUCCAAAUCAACAUUAUGCUCACUAUCAUUUUCACCAAAAUCACAUUCUCCAAAAUCUAGUGAACAAAAACGUCGUAAGCAUAUUCUUUCAAAUGAAGAACUAAAUCAAUUAACAAAACAAAGUAGUCAACAUCUUUAUCAUUUUAAUAUGCCACUGACUACAGAUUGUGAAUGA